AGUGACACGGAAGUGAUAAGCGUGGUCUUUUCGUGUUGUUGUUGUGGAGUUUAUGGCGUCAAAUAAGUUUAUGGUGACCGCCCGAACAUGGACUGCGGCCGAGGGAUGUUUUGCCCGUUUUGUGGCAAACACAUGAACAGCUUAACGCGGUUUUGCUUUACGUGUGGUCGGUGUUUGGAGUUUUUAAAGGACGCGGACAAGACGGAAACAUUGGAAACACAGGGGACGUCUCGACAGCCGGACAGUGCUAUGCAAAAACAACCAUGCCCAUCAUACAAACAGUUCAUGUACAGUACAGAAGCUCGAAAUCAAAAGAACGACAGUCUUUUAACUAUUGGCCAAAAGGAAGAUAUAGGGCUGACUGUAAGUCGCUUUGGAUAAAAGCGUCUGCUAAAUGGCUUAUUAUUAUUAUUAUAAAGAAAGAAAACACGUCCAGAUAAACGUUGGAUUGAUGGUGCCAAGUGGAACUGAUUUAAAACCUCUAAGAGGGAAAACACUACAGUUAUUUACAGACCCAGAGGUAGCAGCACCUGAUCUACUGAAACAAGCUGUCCAGAAAAUGACAACAUUUAACAAGGACAUGCACGAAGGACCUUAUGUCCUUUUGUAUCCAGACUGCUCAGAGGUGGUUCAUGUGCCUGGGUCAGAAAGGCCAUUCAAAUUGGCAGAAUAUAAAAAGGAAAUAGGAAAGGCAUAUUCCAGGAUCACUUUUUUCAUUUGCCUAGAAAAACACUAUAAAAGAGUGGAUGAUACCUCAGACUCUGAUUCUGAAAUUGUCAUCACAACAAGGAGCACAGCUGAACUCAAUCGUGCUGACACUUUGGUUUUUGAACCACAAAAUCGAAGUACUCCCAAACACAAGCUGGACGAUGAAAGAGAUGCACCAGGACAAUCAACAAUUCAGCCUGGACAGAUAGUAAUAUCUGAUGCUGAGGAUCUGGAUCCACCGGAAGCAAAUCCAGAAAAAAUGUCUUGCUACAGUAAAUACACAGACCUGUAUUCACCAAAUGUUGAGCAGGAGGACGAAGAGCCGGUUGCUGUCAAUGUGAAGAAUUUCCAACACACAGCAAUGGAGGAGACGGACAUUGCAUUACCUGACAUCUUAGCAAACCUGUCUCUUCCUAUUGAUCAUAAAAAAAGUCAGCCGGUUUAACAUCUCAAGGGAUAAUGUUUGGGAUGGGGCAGUCAGAGGUUUCAAGCGUACAACAUAUUCUGAAACCUGUGACAUGCUGGUGAAAUUU